UGUCUUUAUCUCCCGUCAGAUGCUUGUGAACUCACACUGGACCCGAACACAGCCCACAGAAAACUCUCUCUGUCUGAGGACAACAGAGAGGUGACACUGCUUAGAUGCAAUCAAGGGUAUCCUGGUCACCCAGAAAGAUUUGACUAUUGUAGACAAGUGUUGUGCAGAGAGGGCAUGACUGGCCGCUGUUACUGGGAGGUAGAGUGGAAGGAAAGGGUGGAUAUAGGAGUGACAUACAGAGGAAUCACAAGGAGAGGAUGUGGGGAUGAUAGCAUGCUUGGAGAGAACAACAUGUCUUGGUGUCUUCAUUGUGAUGAUAAUAAUGGUGAUGAUUUUUUCUCUGCCCACUUCAACGGUAGACAAACAGGCAUACCUGUCCCCUCUUGCUCUAACACAAUAGGAGUGUAUCUGGACCAGCCUGCUGGCAUUCUGUCCUUCUACGAAGUGUCCCAAGAUGUAGGAGGGACCUCAGACACACUGACACACAUCCACACCUUCCAGCAUACAUUCACUCAGGACCUCUACCCUGGGUUUAUGUUGUAUGAUUAUGGUUCCACAGUGUCUCUGUGUCGGUUAUAGUCUCUUCCCUCCCUACCUUCCUUGCUGCAUGGUGGGAUUGUGGUCUCUAGACUGAGUGACUUUCAAACGGUUGUAUCCUUUGUGUCUGUAUUUUUCCUUGUCAGUGUGUAAAUGCAGCGGGUCUAGGGAGGGUUUUGUUAUCUUUGCCGCCAGCCAGCUAUUGCUGGGCAGCAUUUCUGUUUGGACACAAUGACAGAGAUGACCAAACUCAGAGGUCGUGGGCCAUGGUAUAUGGCGACAGUUUUGACAGAAUGUCAGUUGUUUUUGACAGUCUGUCAAAAACAUGGAAGAAGUGAAAAUCCAAGACAAUUUUAACGCAAACAAUUGUUUGUCAAGUCAGUAAAAAACCUAAUGCAGGUUAAAGAAAAGGGGUCUUCUCUGACCAAGACAUCAACAGGUUGAAGAAUAUCAGAGAACUGAAUGAUGAUGAAGGUUAAAAGAUAAUCAGCAUUGUAGAGAAUAUUUACGUAAAUAACAAAAUAAGAAGCUAUCCACAAAAAUCCAUUGACAUACAGUAGCUCUAUAUCUCUAUGUGUGUAGCAAUAACUGCAGCAUGUUGACUUGAAAUCGAGAAUUCAUGGAGUAUGCAUGCUGUUUUUCUUGUACAUACAUUGUCAUUAAAAAAAAUAUCCCUCCCAUAACUUACACACUCAUAACUCACACACACUCAUAACUCUCUCACACUCAUAACUCACUCACUUUUUUACUAUUACAUGAAUGGGUUGGUAUUUAAUGAUAACCCUGUUUCCGUAUCCCUCCGAGAGCUGAGCUCCAGAAGGUGGGGGUGUUUGCAGAUUAUGAUUAUGUGUUACACGCCUCUACACCCCCACUGGCCUUGCAGUGGCAGUGCAAUGGUCUUUGGGUGGGGCACGGGCACAAUCAAGUUAAUUGUGCACACCUGCAAAGGUGUGCUUAAAAGCCAUGCCUUCAGCCUCAGAAAGGGGCUUGCUUUCUCGUGACAACAUGUGCUACUGUCAAGACUUUUAACGUACAAUUAUUUAUGAAAGUAAAACACUUUACUGUUGGAUUUAAACUCUGUGGUCUGUCGCCAUAUUUUAUUGCAGCUUCCGAGCCAGUCUUAACAUGGGGGCACGUCCGAGACUUCUUGAACCUUUUAGGGAGACGGGACCAGAGUUUUUUGUUCAAUUUUCUUUGUUGUUAAUCUGAGUAGGGUCGUUUUGACCUGUUUUUAGAACUGGUUUUUGCACUCCCUGGAAAGAUUAGUGUGUGGAGAGGCUACCCCGUGGAGAAGGCAUGCUAGCCUCGAGCCCGGUAUGCCUCAGAAGAUGGUAAGGUUAUUCUAGCUAACUCGAAUAGGUCUGUGGAUUGCUUUCCUCGUCAACAUGUCUACCGAUUUUUGACAAACAGCCAUACUCACCACUCUUUUGUCUGGAGCAAUUUUGAGCCAUGUAUUUAACCUGUUCAUUAAGAAAUCUGUAGCUUUUGUACGUGUAGCCUUUAGUGAGAGCUAAUUGCUGCUGAUUGACUGGUCAGUGCAGGUUCAUUAACAGAAAGCAUGUGGUGUUAUAUCUGUGUGGACAUGCCCACUUUGUGUGAAGAUCAGCAUUUUUGAUGCUUAUUAAAUGAGUGAGUUGUACGUGGAACUGACCUUUAGUGAGAUGGUGGUCCACCCACUUUUGUAGAUCACCUGUGUAGGUUGCUAGCCAGGUGAAGGCAGCAACUUUUGUUUGUGUGGUAGUGAGCCACACUAGUGAUCAGUGCUGUGGGUGUGAGCCACACUAGUGAUCAGUGUUGUGGGUGUGGCUUUCCAUUUUGAGUGGUCACAGGUGUGUGCUACACUGAACUUGUUACACCCCCACUGGCCUUGGAGUGCAAUGGUAUUUUGGUGGUGCACAGGCACAAUCAAGUUAAUUGUGCACACCUGCGAAGGUGUGCUUUAAAUCCAUGCCUUCAGCUUCAGAAGGGGGAUUGCUUCCCGUGACAACAUGUGCUACUCUCCAGACUUUCAACAAUUAUUUAUGAAAGUAAAACACUUUAUUUCGGGAUUUAAACUCUGGUCUGUCGCCGUGCUUUGUUGUGGUUUCCGAGCCGUAAACAUGGUCGUAACACCAUGUUUACAUGAAGGAGGUGUAAACUCUGCCCCCUAGAUCAUAUAACCUGUAAAUUAAACAGACAAGGACUUUUGUUUAAUAAUAAAAUAAUCAAGCAACCCAAACGACUAAUGCUUCCUGAAUUAGAAUCUCAACUAUGUGAGAUCUGUGAUAGUUUAAUGUUGUACUGCUGUCAUUUAGCCAAGAGUUAACAAGAAAUCAUUAGGAAAAUAACCCUUAAUUUAAAAAAUAUUGGCCAUUAUACAUAAUUAGAUUCCACUACAUUCUUCAAAGUGUGAUUUCUGUGUUUCUUUUUGGUUUAUUGCUAUACAAUUGCACAUUUAUAGCAUGUUUCGAGGAUACGGUUUAUCAUACUAAUAUACU